AUGCAGUCGAGUACGAUACAGCUCAGCGUGGCUGUAGAUCUGCUCAAAAAGACCAGAGAUGAUAUUGUCAGCUACAGAAAUACAUGUUUUGCUGAUGCACUAACUAUUGCUAAAGAAAUCUGUGAAGCGAUGAGCGUAGACACGGUGCUGAAACAGAAGAGACUAAGAACUAAAAAAUGUCACUUUAGCUAUGAGUGUGCAGACAAACCUGUCAGCGAUGUACUCAAGAGGAUGGAGACUACAUUUUUCAAUGUGGUAGUGGAUACUGUGAUUUCCUCUCUUAAUGAGAGGUUCAAGACCUUGGGCGAGGUGAAUGAAAAGUUCAAGGUAUUGUUGGGGUUCACCGACAUGUCUGACAAAGAUAUUGUCGAUCACUGCCAAAUCCUCAGCAACACGCUUACUCAUGGGGGAAACUCAGACAUUGAUGGAAGGGAACUGGCCAUGGAGCUGCAGUGUCUCCCAGAUUUGCCUUCCAAGAGAAUGACAAUGGAUUUUCUCACCUUCCUGCAUGAAAAGAAACUUACUGAAGUAUUCCCGAACUUGUGGGUAGCUCUGCGGAUCUGUGCAACUCUCCCUGUAACGGUGUCGGCAGCAGAGCGGAGCUUUUCCAAGUUAAAACUGAUAAAAACUUAUUUGCGAUCCACAAUGGCGCAGGAACAUCUUAAUGAGUUGGCCAUCAUCAGUGUGAACAUUGCAGUGUCUAGACUCUCUAGUUAUCGUAUGACGAUGUAA